AUGGCAACCGCAUCCGACAGCACCCACCCGCCUCCCUCCGUCACCCACGACCUCGACGAGGAUGACGAUGAAGAAGAAUUCGACGACGACGACGACCUGGAUGACGAAGCCGACGACGACGACGACGAUGGCGGCGAACCCGCCACGUCCUCAUCCGAGGCGGCCCGCCUCGAGGCCGUACUCCGGCGGCUCACCGCGGACGAUGUCCGGAUCUGGGUGCACCAGGUCACGAUCCGGGGCUGCGCCCGCACGCGCCGCGCCGCGGUCGAGGCAGCGGUCGGCCCGGACCUCGCGCGCGCCGCCACCGUGCGGGACCUCGUGCGCGCCGCCGCCGCGGCCGGCGACCGGCUUCGUCGCCUCGGCUCCUUCGACACUGUCUCGAUCACGCUGGACGCCCCGCCGCCAGGGAUCCCCGGCAGCGCCGUCGUCGUCCUCGUUGACGUCGCGGAGGCCAGCGGCCGCGCUGCCGGUGAUUUCGGCGUCUUCUCCAGCACACAGACUGGAUCAUGCUCACUUGAAGGUUCAGUGAAGUUGAAGAACCUAUUUGGAUUCUGUGAGACCUGGGAUGCAUCAGGUGCUCUUGAAUUAGAUAAGACAGCAGAGCUAAGUGCUGGAGUCCAAAUGCCUAGAAUCGGAGCAAUACCAACUCCACUGAUGGCUAGAAUAUCAUUUCUAUCUGAGGACUGGUUAAAGUCCUCACUCAAAGAACACCUGGUGGGCGUUUGUGUUGACUUGCUCUCCACCAUGAACCACAACCUUGCUUACAAUUUGACAUGGAGAAAACUAUCUGAUCCAACACGCAUGUCAUCCAAUUCUGUACAAGAGGAAUUAGGACAUAGCCUUUUGUCCUCUAUUAAGUAUGCGUUCAAGGUCGACCAAAGGGACUCAAGCAUAAGACCUACACGUGGAUAUGCUUUUCUGUCGUCUUCUCAAGUUGGAGGCCUCGCACCAGGGAGCAAAUAUUCACGAUUUCUUAGGCAGGAAUUUGAUCUUCGAGUGGCUUUGCCUCUGGGUGUGCUGAAUGGCGCUCUCAAUGCCGGAGUGGCUGCGAGAGUCAUCCAUCCAUUGGAGAGGGGAUCCACAGGAACUGUCUCACCACUUUCAGAAAGAUUUUACUUGGGUGGUAAUAGGCCUCUUGUAUGCCGCUUGGGUGGACCACCAUCUUCACUAUUAGGCUUCAAAACAAGAGGACUGGGGGCAACAGAAUUCAGAACACAUGACCCCAAUAAUUCUGACAAUGGCACUUCUACUUCUCCUGAGCUAAAUGGUCUUGGAGGUGACUUAGCAGUGACAGCCUUUGCCGACCUGUCAUUUGAUCUGCCUCUGAAGCCGCUCAGGGAUCUGGGAAUUCAUGGCCAUGCUUUUGUCUGUGCUGGAAAUCUUGGUAAAUUAACGGACUGUGAUCUUCGGAAGUUCCCUGUUACUGACUUGCUACAAACGUUCAGAAGUUCUGCAGGAUUCGGCGUAGUUGUGCCAACCAGACUGUUUCGCAUAGAGGCUAACCUAUUUGGCUACUGCGAGACCUGGGAUACAUCAGAUCCAGCAUGCAUGCUAUCCAAUUCCAUACAAGAGCAUUUAGGACAUAGGCUUUUGUCCUCUAUUAAGUAUGUGUACAAGGAUGACCAGAGGGACUCAAGCAUAAGGCCUACAUGUGGGCAUGCUUUUUUGUCAUCUUUCGAAGUUGGAAGCCUUGCACCAGGAAGCAAAGACCCAUGGUAUCUUCGACAGGAAGUUGAUCUUCGGGUGGCUUUCCCACUUGGUGUGCUGAAUGGUGCUCUCAAUGCUGGAAUGGUUGCAAGACUAAUCCAUCCGUUGGAAAGGGAACACACAGGAUCUGUCGUACCACUUUCAGAAAGAUUUUAUUUGGAUGCUAACAGGUCUCUUGUUUGCUGCCUGGGUGGACCAUCAUCACUCUCAGGCUUCAAAGCAAAAGGUCUGGAGCCGAAAUACUUCGUAACCUCUGGCUCAAAUAAUUCUGAGAAUGUUGCUUCCACUUCUCCUGAGCUAAAUGGUCUUGGUGGUGACAUAGCAGUCACAGCCUUUGCUGACCUGUCAUUUGAUCUUCCUCUGAAGCCGCUCAGGGAGCUGGGAAUUCAUGGCCACGCAUUCAUUUCUGCUGGAAAUCUUGCUAAACUAACAGAGCAUGGUCGUGGGAAGUUUUCCCUUACUGACUUCCUACAGACAUUCAGAAGUUCUGCAGGAUUCUGUGUAGUUGUGCCAACCAGACUGUUGCGCAUAGAGGUCUGUCCCGUUACAUUCUUCAAAUUUUCCAGUGAAUUUAGUGGUGAAGUUGGUGCUUAA